GCGCCACUUUAAGGGUCUCAGAAGGUCUUGGACUGUGAUCGGACAUUAUCUGAUAUAAGGAGAGACGCGCAUGUGUUGAGGUUGCUGUAUCUGCGUCCAUGUAGCGUAUAAAAUGACAUUAGUAGAGUAGUAAACACGUGAUCAUCUGCAGUAUUUGGAUUAUCACUGAAGCGUGCGCUUUUAUGUCGUGUGCACGUGUCGGUAUUUUUCAUUAUAAUGAAUCGAGAGUCAGUCAUGAGAGAGACGCGCAUGUCCCGCUGGUAUUUCGGAGGAAUCGCCUCGUGUGGUGCCGCCUGUUGCACUCAUCCACUGGACUUAAUAAAGGUUCAUCUGCAGACCCAACAGGAGGUGAAGUUGAGAAUGACAGGUAUGGCCAUGCAGGUGGUGCGCAGUGAUGGGGUGAUGGCGCUUUACAACGGGCUUAGUGCUUCCCUCUGCAGGCAGAUAACUUACUCAAUGACACGUUUUGCUAUUUAUGAAACGGUGAGGGACAAGUUAUCCAGUCGAAAUCAGGGGCCGAUGCCUUUCUAUCAGAAGAUCUUACUGGCUGCUUUUGGAGGUCUUACUGGUGGGUUUGUUGGGACACCAGCAGAUAUGGUUAAUGUCAGAAUGCAGAAUGAUGUUAAGCUGCCACCAAAGCUCAGGAGAAACUACGCACAUGCUCUUGAUGGAUUAAUCCGUGUCUGGAAAGAAGAGGGAGUUCGAAAGCUUUUUUCUGGAGCCUCUAUGGCAUCUAGUAGAGGUGUGCUGGUCACUGUGGGACAGCUCUCCUGUUAUGACCAGGCCAAGCAGCUGGUUCUGGGAACCGGUGUGAUGACCGAUAACAUUUUCACUCAUUUUUUGGCCAGCUUCAUUGCGGGAGGCUGUGCCACUGUCCUCUGUCAGCCUAUAGAUGUUGUUAAAACCAGGCUGAUGAAUUCAAAGGGAGAAUACAGGGGGGUGAUUCAUUGUCUGACUGAUACUGCUAAACUUGGACCUGAAGCUUUCUACAAGGGCCUCGUCCCAGCUGGAAUCCGUCUGAUUCCUCACACUGUUCUCACAUUCAUCUUUCUGGAGCAACUUCGGUUGUACUUUGGUAUUCGAGUCAUCACAUCUACAUGAACCCUUACUCAGAGGCCAUGCUUACACCUGGUAUUAAUAUAUAUUUUGGGCAUGCCAGUAUAUGGGUGUGAUCAAGAUCAUAGGCGUAGCUUGACAUUUGAGCCUUGGGGCCAGACUGGUCUAUAGUAUCUGAACAUGAGCUAUGAUUUAUACCGCAAACUAGAUCAUUAAAAUUUAUGAAAAACAUUUUCACUGACUACAUUAAAAUAAUAUAGCCUGAAUGUUAGAUAAAAAAGCAUGAUAAUGGAUUUAUUAGGACAAUUAUUAGUAUGUUUUUAUUAAUAUUAAUACUUUAAUCAGUGAAAUUACUCCCAAUGUAUUUAAAAACUCUGUUUUUAUUAUAAACAGUGAUCAAAUAUUGAAGGAUCCUAAAUCAUAAAAGUUAAGAAUACUUUACCCCCAAUAUACACACUGCAUUUAGGACAUUUUCUUCACUUUUAAAGCACAACACGAUACAAAGCCUAAUUCAAAAUACAAGUUAAAACGAUACAGAAAUUUCAAAAGCAGUGAACGGUACAUUAGGUCAUUAAUUUAUACAAUCUUUUGAGGAUAAAUUAACUCCACCGAAGGCUGAACACCCCAGGCGUUGUUCUACAAAUGGCCGCUUGAGGGCGCUUUGGAAGCGCUUAUGUGCGUUCGUUGCUAUUAUACAAACCUCGGUCUUACAAGUAUCAGAUUUUGCAGAUCAUUUGUUUAAUCAAUGCGUAUUCAUAUUGGGGUAGAACUGGGUGUUAUAUAUAGUAAACGAGAAGCUAUAUUAACUUGAAUGUUUUCAGUAGUAGAGGAAGGAUGUUCCGAUUGGUCUAUGUACUGUUUGUCCCGCCUCUUCUCCAUUGUGAUUGGACAGGUGGAUAAAAGCGGCUUUACCGAGCGCCACGUUUUGAUAAAUACACAUUAUUACCAGAUUAAUAAUUGUUUCACAAAGCAUCUAACAAAGUAACGUUUAAUGUAUGAGAAUCUAAAUUAAUAUGUAUAUUUGUUGCGGAAUAUAAUUCAUUUUAUAAAAAAAUCAUCUUUUAGCCAAUGUGCACCCCCGCAAGUUUCUCCUAUGAUCAAGAUACUGAGCUAAUACUUCACAUAUGUACUCUGGAGACACCAAAUAUUUAUUUGACAUCUUAAAAAGUCUUGUGAAAUGUCCCCUUUUAAUUUUUCUUUGAGUUUUGAUUCAAUGUCAUACAUGAAAUGUCCAACAGGAGGCAGUGCUGCACUGUUAUAAUUCCAUAACAUGGGGAAAUGUCAGCUGAUAAUAUUCUUAUCAUUGAGUUAUGAUGAGGUUAUAAAGAGUUCAGUGCUUCAGGGUUCUGGUCCAUAUUUAUUUGUAUACUUAGUUUAAGCUUGAAUAGGGGUUUGCAAAGCUUAUUAUUAAAGUGGGCAAUAUCCUUCUACACCACACUGUGGGGUAAAUGUGUUUACAGUAGUUAAGAUUUAUUAUCAUUUAUGCUGUUCUGCUAUGGUACAUUGUUCUGUUGGCAAUGAUAAUGUUUAUAUAUUUUAAGAAUAUUGUUUAAAAAAAAUCCUUUUUACU